CGUUCUCGUUCUCGCUACCGGGGCGGGGCUGGGGCAGUGAUGGCUGCCAUCUCGCUGGAGACCGUUCCCAAGGACCUGCGGCACCUGCGCGCCUGCCUGCUCUGCUCCCUCGUGAAGACCAUCGACCAGUUCGAGUAUGAUGGCUGUGACAACUGUGAGACAUACCUACAGAUGAAGGGCAACCGCGAGAUGGUCUAUGACUGCACCAGCUCCUCCUUCGAUGGGAUCAUCACCAUGAUGAGCCCUGAGGACAGCUGGGUCUCCAAGUGGCAGCGGAUCAGUACCUUCAAGCCAGGGGUCUAUGCAGUAUCCGUGACUGGCCGCCUGCCCCAAGGGAUUGUCCGAGAGCUGAAGAGCCGUGGCGUGGCCUACAAGUCUCGAGACACAGCCAUAAAAACCUGAAGGAUCUUUGUGCUGCCUGUCGAUCCCAGUGCUGUGUGGAAGAGGCAGUGGGCACUGCUCCAAAACCUCUGAGCUUUAUCCUGUAGGGAAGUGGGGCUGGACUUGGAGUGUGCUGGCUCAGCUCCCCUCGCUCGGUACCUCCGGACUCUGCCACACCACAGACCACAGACAUUUAUCUGAGCCUUGACAAGGGGGAGGGUGUGAGUGGAGCUGGGAAAGGGUGUUUAAUCACGAUGCCCAAGCUCCUUUACAAUUGGUAUGGGAAAGGGGGAAUUUGGGAAAUAGCUGUACAUAUAGUUCAAUAAAACUCACUGCCUGGUUA